GGCAGCUGAGAAUCCUUCAACCGCCCCAUCGCUCCAUCUCUUACUGGACCACCCACCCUUCCUUUUUUUUCUUGUUUCUUUUUGUUUCCCUCCCCUACGGCGCCCAGCUCUCCCCCGUACCUAUGUACUAGUUCAGCUCCUUCGUUCCGCCAUCAUCAUCGUUGCAUCCAGGGACGGGCAUCGCAUGUGCGCGCGGGCGGCCACCCGAGCUGGGCCAUUAGUAAGGGAUGGGAAUACCGAGGCUGCCCGGAAAGGGUUAAGCCGGGCCACCAGAAUGUUGUUGGUUCGCCUUUUACGAGCCCUCCCGGGUCAUGUCCUGCCCGGCUGAGGCGCCACCGGGGCCAAUAUUUCCAUCCCCGACGUCCCCCUUCCUCGUGGUAAUGGCCGUGUUUUUUGUGUCCCUCCUCUCACCUUCCUCGCUUGCUCCUGUCGUCUGGGCUCGGCCGAGUGUAGUAUAGCAGCGGUACCAACAGUCAGUCAGUCAGCUAGUCGUUCUCUUAUAUUACAAGCCCGAACUGACUCGGCUGGCACUUCUCCCUCCCUCGCGCUCUCUCUCUCCCUCCCCUGCCAUAAUAUACAUAUCCUACUUUCUGGCGGGGAUACAUGAAGAUGGGCAUAAACACUACAACGGUACGAGCGGAACACGCCGAGCGCCGGCCCGACCCAGUCCAAGAUAGCCGCCACGUCGACGAUGAGGCCAUACCAGCAAACCCCAACAACGAUGACGACGACAGCAACGGCCGCCGCCGCCAGCAGUGGGCCGACGUCGCUUCCGUCAUAAACCUAGCCGUGCGCGGCGCCUUCCCGGCCAGCCCCGCCUUCGACGCGGGGGACCCGGGCGCGUUCCAGGCGCACUGGCGCGCCGUCUUCGCCUGGCUGCACGACUGCGUCGCCGCCGACGCCGGCAUCGCCACCCAGCUGGCCGACCCGCCGCUGCGCCGGUUCGAGAUCAGGAUCCUGGACGACGGCGGCGGCAGCGCCAGUGCCGUUUCUGGCGUUGGUGCCUGCGACGACGACAGCGGUAACGACAGCGAUAUCGGCUGCCCCUGCCGCCUCCUCCCCAAGACGGCGGCGCCCAGCAUCGUGCUACGCAACGACCGCGGCGUCACAAAGGUCGACCUGGUCCGCGGCCUGUCGCGCUACCUGUACGGCUCGGACCAGCCGCCGCUGGUUUACAGGCAGCAGGGCCCGGCGGGCCGUGACGACUGUUCCCCAACAGCGGCCGCCGACGACAACGACGACGACCCGCCCCUGAGCCAGCAGCGAGGCCCGGCCCUGCCUUACGAGGCCGGCUGGAUGGGCUCCUACGACGGCAUCUGGGUGUACUGCUGCCCGCCAGACCAGUUCGCCAGCCGCAUCAGGGACGAGAGGGACGCGGCCGCGUCAGGGGCCGCUCAAAGCAACAAUGCUAAGACGGAUAGGGCAUCGAUGCUCCACUCGAGGGGACAACAGCGCGCCAAGACAAGGUUGAGGCUCUGACGCGGGGGAUGCCAACGGGGGGGAUACAUGUUUCCUAGUCCAAAUCUGUAAUGAAUAAAAAGUGAAUGCCCCAAGCAGGCCUGUUCAUUUGCGUGACGAAGAUAUCAAUGAUAUGGCUUAAAAGAGGAAUCCGUGG